GUUUAUACUACAAUUGAAAGUGCAACAAGGACUAUAUUGUGUUAAAUCAACAUAUAAACGAAUCAAAUUUUUUAUAUCAACUAUUUCUGGACGUAGGGCAAAAGCAAUAAUGGUGGCAAACGUACGACCGAUUCAAAAGGGCGAUCUGGUUAAUGAUGCUUCAUCUGGCGUAAAAUCAACUAGAUCACCCGAUACCAUGCCUGUAGUAACAUACGCUUCGGUAUGUAGUUCACCUUCUAACGGAUAUCGAUAUGGUGCAACAAAAUCUCUAGAGAUAAGCAGUACCUUAAAACGAGCAGACACUGGAAAAUAUGCUUUCAAUAUAGAAAAGGAUGACCGAAGUGACAAAUCACAACAUUUGGUUACAGAAAAUAAUAUUAAGGAUGAAGAUGUACGCACCCCUGAAAUAUGUGAAAAUGCCCGUCCUUCGUUAAUCGUAAACAACGUUGAUGGAGUAUGGAACAAACCAUUGCAUACAGUAUUUAUCGAAACUGGUAACGAUGAGGAACCUCUUCCCAGUAGUAUAGAAGCGGUCAAACUUUUAUCCUAUACAGAAGGCGAAACAAACCCGACUGAUUUUAAAGCCAGAUAUAACGCCAUUAAAGAUGGAAAUACUACUAAAGAUAACAAAUGUGAUCAAAAAAUGAAACGAUCAAACUCUAUGUUGUCUGUGGCUUCGAAACAACCAUUAUCUAACAAUAUGAUUAUGGAGAAUGGAUUCUGCUCAUAUCCAAUCACUCAACAAAUGCAAUCAAAUGGCAGGAUUCGUUUUGUAAAAAUCCCAGAUAAUGAUAAAUAUGGCCACUAUGAUUCGCUAUCAACCAGAUAUAGUGAUGCUGAAGAUGACCAGUUGUGCUCCCACUCUUUGGCGGUAAAAUUUGACAGCCUCUCAGAGUCGAUGUUAAAACAACUUGAUACCCCGACGAUGCGGCCUGCAUUAAGUAGCCUUAGUGAAAUGGAUGAAUACUCACUGAAUGAACAACCAAAGACAACCCAUAAUGAGCAUGACGGAUCAAUCAACACCAGUGAGGGUAUCUAUACUUUGAAUGGAAAGAUUCCAUAUGACAAUGUGAGUCAAUCUAGAUCAUACUCUAAUAGUUACAUGCCAAACAUUGAGGGAAACAAUGGUGAUUCGAUCAAUUACUUCCAAGAUGUGGUUAAUAGUGCGUAUUACAAUAUCGGCAUUGAGGGUAACCUCAUGUUCAGGCGGGAGGUGCCGGAUAAUAAAACUGUGAGACGUUACAACACCAGUUACUGCAAUGCAGUUAAUCUUUCAUCUGGGCAAUAUCAAAACGAUGCUAAUAGAACUCUACGACCGGGUGAGCUGAACACAGAAUUAUUGUGCUAUGACUCACUGAAUGUAUCCACACUGAUUAAUAACACCGAUGAACAUAUCGCCGGCAAUAUAGCGAUAAUCGCCAAAGAUCAAACGGGUUGUCGGUUAUUACAAAAGAUGUUGGAAACGGAAGAUUACCUAGUAGUUGAAACAAUACUUGAAGGGGUUAUGGAUAAUCUGGUGGACCUAAUGAUGGAUCCUUUUGGGAACUACCUGUGCCAAAAACUAAUAACCGUAUGCUCUACGCAGCAAAUAGACGCAAUAAUUGAUGUUGCAGGACCGAUGUUAAUCGAUAUAUCACUUAACAUGCACGGGACUAGAACACUACAAAGGCUGAUUGAGGUUUUGCACGAACCUAAACAAAUUGCUAAGGUUACUAAACUUUUGUCCCCUUCAGUGGAAACCUUGGUAACUGAUAUUAAUGGCAACCACGUCAUUCAGAAGUGUCUUAGCGUAUUGCCCCCUGAAGAUUGCGAGUUUAUUCACCAAGCGAUAUUGAAGAAAAGCCUUAUGUUUGCCACUCAUAGGCAUGGAUGUUGCGUCAUACAGCGCUGUAUUGACGCUGCCAACACCAGGCAACGUGACGAACUUGUCGAAACACUGAUUGAACACACGCUGGAAUUGAUUCAAGAUCCUUUCGGGAACUACGUAGUACAGUACAUCCUAAAACUAAAGAACAUGGAUGUCAAUGCUCGCAUAGUCAAGGCGGUUGCGCCGAAGGCGACUCUCUAUGCUAAGCAUAAAUUCAGCUCAAACGUUAUUGAAAAGUGCCUGAUAUUGACCCACACAAGAAUAAGGAACAUACUAGUAGAAAAGUUCGUUAAGGCACCAUAUGAUACCUUGAAAGACCUAAUGCUACAUCCUUUUGGGAACUACGUCAUACAGCGGGUACUAAGUGUGGCACAGCGCAGCGACCUCGACGAACUGCUCAAAAGGAUGAGGCCGCAUAUAGAUGAGUUAAGAACAAUGUCAACAGGAAAACGAAUUGCAGCUAAAAUAACAAAAAAGCAUAUGAAUAGCGAUGUACCCAACACCAAGCAAAAUGGCGUUGUGCAUAAAACCAACAUGUUGGGAAUAUUUAAUCGCUGUGACACUGACGACCUGGCUGCAGAGCUCUUGAGGCUAUCAAAUGCCGAAAAGGUGGGCUCUAUAGAUCUGGAUCAAGUUAACCAAGAACGGAAUGGUCAGGAAUCUGAUGUGAAACCACCCACAUAUUCUGGGCAACAACCCAUAUUGACCAAAAAGGACAGAUUCAGUAAAACAGGACCUUCUAUAGAGAUGCUUGAAGCAUUAUUCAAGAGGGCGCUAGCAGUGCAGCCAAAUAGACUAUCGUGAAACGGCUAUAACUACUUGUGGCCACUGCAACAAAUCUACGUGAUGCAGAUGUAUAUUUAUCUGUUA